AUAUCUUUAUAUAUAGUUCUGCCCUCUGAGUUUUGUCACAGUCCAACUUUUUCUGAUAUAUCUGGAAGCUUUUGAGUAUCACCACCAGAACCAACCUUUCUCUCCUUCUAUCACUAUCUUCCAUCUUGAUAGCUUCGAUUUUCAAACCCAGGCCUCUCAAAAAAUGGCAGCUUUUUCACACCACCACUACCAUCCCUUUCUUGUUGACUCUACAUCACGCUUCAUAAAGAUGUCGUCUUUGGAGGAUGAACUUCUUCAACCCCAUAUAAACACUACUACCCUUCAUCAAGAGACUUCAUUUUCUGUCACAGAAACUAGCUCUGUUGAUCAAAGCUCCAAGAUUACCAUCAGUGACAGUGAACUUUCUGUGGAGAAAAAUCAGAGUCCUGAGACCUCCAUGGUGGUGGCUUCUAUGGAAAAGAAGAGAAGAUCCAGGAAUGGAAGCCCCUUAUCUAAGGACCCAAAAGGGGGAAGCAAGAAACAAAAGAAGGGUAAUGGUGGGGUGAAAGAAGAGGACAUGGCAAAAGAAGAGAAGAAGGAUAAGAAAAAGGGCCCUGAAGAGCCCUCAACAGGCUAUAUCCAUGUCAGAGCAAGAAGGGGCCAGGCAACAGAUAGCCACAGCCUUGCUGAAAGGGUGAGAAGAGAGAAAAUAAGUGAGAGGAUGAACAUGUUGCAGCAACUUGUGCCAGGCUGUGAUAAGGUAACAGGGAAGGCCCUUGUGUUGGAGGAAAUAAUCAAUUAUGUUCAGUCCCUACAACAUCAAGUAGAGUUUUUGUCAAUGAAACUUGCUUCAGUGAAUCCCAUGCUCUUUGAUAUGGCCAUGGAUCUAGACAAUCUCUUGGUUAGACCAGAACAGAAAGUAAAUAGCUUAGCAUCACCACCACUAGUACUACCAUGUGUACCAUUAUGCAACCCCAACCCGGGUACAACCUUUGCUGAUACAUCAACCCUGAACCCUAGCACCAGCUUCCCCACUGCUAAUCAUGACUAUCUUUUGGAUUAUCCAUGUUCAGAUUUUCUUCAAGGGCAGCAGAGACCAAAUUUCUUAUGUGAGCAUACCGGUGGUCCAUUUUGGGACGCUGAAGACCAACGGCAAAAGUUUCUUAAUCCAUAUGGAUACGGCAACAAUUCAUGUUCCUUAAAUUAAUAUCAAAUUCACAGACAAGGCUACAAACAUGUUGCUUUAUCUUUUCAAUUAGGUAGGAAAAUUCCAGACAAGUACCAGAAUCAGUGAAAAGAAAAAUUCCCAUGCAUGAACACAAAUUGAUCAACAUUUGAAUGAAGGGGAUUCUAAAGGACUUGGUUCUUCCUAGUCCAUUAGAUUAAAGUGAAUGAGUACCUUUGAAGUUUGAACAUGAUGAUGAAUAAAGUGCAGCAAAAUUAAUGGAUGAAGAGUCCCUGAGACAGAACAUGUCGACCAAAUAUGACCAUAUCUUUUUUCUAGAUCCGUUGUAUUAUAAAUUUUGACUCUGGUGAUGCACAAAUUCCAAGAGACUCUGGAUCAAUCCUACGGAUAUCAGAGGAUUGAAAUUUAUGUCGUGUGUAAAUUAUCAAAAAAAUUAAUGUUUGUUGGUUUGUUCUUGUGGUGGCAGUUAUUCUGUUUGAUAAUACAGUUAAUUUCACCACCGUUAUUGAGAAAUGAAAGGGUUGAUGCAACUGGUAUCAGGUCUUUGACAAGACAGGGCCAUGCUUUUGUUGUUUUAGUUAACUUGAUGUACAUCUGCAGAAUCUUCAGAGUUUUGGCAUUAUUGUGGUU